AUGUCUAGACCGCUACCAACGUCCCCGUACUUCGCGCUAAUCGGCCGCAACGAACACGCACAGGCCGCGGUCCACGAUCCUCAGAACCGCGUGCACUUUGUGCCGACGGGAGACGGAUCUGGCGCCCUGGGCGUGGGGCAUAUUCCUCCCCGGGGGACCGACGACCCGGCAACACUUGCAACGAUCGGCCGCGACGGCGACAUAGUCCUCAGCAGUCCGAGCAUCUCGAAGAAGCACUGUAUCUUUACGGUCAAUCGUCAGGACAUGAUCGUGACGCUAAAGGACGUCUCCAGCUCCGGAUCGACCAGGGUCGGAGACAGCGACCCACACUGCUCCUACCCUUUCGCUGGCAAUCGCCGGGAGAUCGUGGUGAUGCCUGGGGUUAACUCUCUGCUCGGCCUAGGGGGAGAGCACUCUGACCUUUUUGUGUUCGAGAUACAGUGGGCGAACAACUUCCAAGACACCGUCCGGAAGCUUUCUGCGCGUCCAGCCAUCUCGGCGGUGGGCAACGGACAGUGGGCGGAGACGAGGCUACCCAGCCGGAUCUCUGCCAUCCACACCAACAGCUACAUCGCUACGCGGAUGAGCAACGUGGCUCCCCUGCAGACAAUUCGAUACCAUGCGCUGGAAUUCUUGGGACAGGGGCGUGUCGGUAUGGUGUUCAAGGCCGUCGAUGUCGACCACUCGCGACUAGUGGCUGUCAAGAGGAUUGUCCUUCCACCGGAUGGAAAGGACCUGCAUUACCAGGCCGCAAAGGGCGAGGUUGAAGCUCUGGCCCGUAUUGACCAUACACACAUCGUCAAGCUCCGGGGGUUUGUAUCCGCCCUGGAUGGAGUGCCACCCAAAGUGAAAAUUUUGAUGGAUCUAAUGGAUGGGGAUGUACCGACCCUCGUUCGAGGGUCAGAGAGCCAAUGGAUAAAGGGGUACAUUGCCCCUAGACUCUGCCGACAGAUCCUGGCGGCUCUUGAUUUCCUAGAAACGAAAUCAAUCGUGCACGGGGACGUUAAACCCCAGAACAUACUCUUCCGCCGCAAGGUCAUCGGGCAGGAGACGGACUUUGUCUUCCUGCUGGGGGAUUUCGGGUCGACGGCCCUGGCCCGCCUGGCACCCAACUACGGAGCGACCACGACAUACAGAGCGCCCGAACUCUUCACAGGGGCUAUUCCAACCAGCAAGUCGGAUUGUUGGUCUCUAUACGUGACCCUCCUCUGGGCCACAAACCAUUCCGGCUUCCAAGGGGUGACCGGGGCUCACCGGACCGAGAUCCACCGAUACGUCAUGUUCUCCAUGGGAGAUCCCUUCCUCGCGACGAUACAACAGUUGGCCAGGGAGGACCCGUACCAGCGGGCGUCUGCCGCCCAAAUGCUGGUCGCCGUUUACAACGGCAAAGGGUUGUCCACUCCUCGGCAUCAAAUCCCCCCGUUGGCGAAUUAG